UAAGCCCUUUGCUAACAGCUAUCACCGUUUUUCUGUGGUCUGCGUUUUCAGUGAUAAAAUAUAGAUGUUACAGAGAUUACAGUGCGGCUAUCUAUUGUGUUUCUUGAUUUGAUCUCCAGCUAUGAUUUAAUUGUUUCGGUAGAGCGUUUUCCUAGGAUAUCUGAGACUGCUGCUGAUAAUUAUUUAUCUCCAACUUCAAGCAAAGAUAUGAAAAGUCAUUAAUGCCAUUUUAGUCUAUUAACGACAGUCCGAAGCUACAGGGAGUUGACAAGUCAUGACAAUUAGAACAGUUUGUUCAUUGUUCACAUGCAGCCUAUAUAUUUUUUCAGUUUAAUUAUCCAUGGUGGCACAUGUAUACGUGUUCAAAUAAUUAUCUUAUUAUUUACGAAUGAAUUCAAAUAUUUGAAUAUGUUUUUGAAAAUAGAGGCUACGUCAUGUAAUCUUUUUACAAUCACUGUAUUUAGAACUGUGGCAUUUUGAUAUUUCAAAUAAUAAUUAGUAUUUGAUUUUGGUUACUAGUCCAUGAAUAUAUUCUGUUAUUAAGAAAAUAAUUUGAUUGGUUCUUUUUGCUUUGUCAUCAGGAGUGAAUUUCCCUUUGAGGCCGCUCCACAAGAAAUUAUUGGAUUGGAGAUUUCGGACGUUAUCGCAACCUUUACUCCAAGGUGUUCAAAAUUUGGGCUUUUCCUUUUGGGGUAAUUUUAUUAUUUAAUAUUUCAACAUCUAAAAGGACAGCUUAGCAACUGGAUACAUUAUGUAUUCGAGCCUGGCUUUAUCUUCCAACCCGUCCCCCUACGCACACGAUUCCGGGAACUACAUCCAUCCAUCCGCCAGCUCACCUGUUUACGUGCCCACCACCCGUGUACCUGCCAUGCUCCAACCCUUGCCCUACCUUCAAACAUGUGAGUCCACCCAUCAGACACAUGGACUCGGCAGUCACCACGCCUGGUCACAGACUGGCACAGAGAACUCCACUUUCAGCCCAGGCAGCCCUCAUCCUCCUCCCGGAUUCUCUUAUUCACACAGCCCGCCGGUAAGCAGCAGCACCGGCAGGGAUGCAGCACACCAGAAUCCGCUGGUGCUGAGUAAUGGCGGGCGGGCAGAUCAGUAUGGAAGUGCCCUGGUGCGCUCCGUCGGUGGCUCCUAUUCUAGCCCCUACGCGGCUUACAUGAGUCCGGAGAUGGCAACGUCAUGGACACCAGGGCCCUUCGAUGGCGGCAUGAUCAGUCUUCAGGGACGACAGGGAACUCUACCGGGAAGGAGGUCCAGUUUAGACAUGCUGGAGGAGUUCCCGUGCGAAGGGCGUGAGUGUGUCAACUGCGGCUCCAUCUCGACCCCGCUGUGGAGGAGAGACGGUACCGGACAUUACCUGUGCAACGCGUGCGGCCUCUACCACAAGAUGAACGGAAUCAAUCGACCUCUUAUCAAACCCCAGAAGCGCUUGCAAAGCACGUCUCGACGAGCAGGUCUAUGUUGCACAAACUGUCAUACCAGUACGACCACGCUGUGGAGGAGAAAUGCAGAGGGAGAGCCUGUCUGCAAUGCCUGCGGACUGUACAUGAAGUUGCACGGGGUACCAAGGCCAUUAGCAAUGAAGAAAGAAAGCAUUCAGACCAGGAAACGCAAACCUAAGAUGCCCAAAACAAAAGCAUCCUCAGGGUCAACAGUGUCUGGCACUACGUCUCCCCUUACAUUAACCGUGUCAGAAAACGCCUCUACAAUAAAGAGUGAACCAAACAUUGCAGCUUCUCCAUAUGCUGGCCAAACUGUUGUCUCAGUCACACAGGCAUCAAUACAGUUGGACAGUGCCAGCUCAGGACAUGUAGACAUCAAAUAUGAGGAUUACACAUACACACCUACGUCAAUUGCUCCACAGAACUCCUGGUGUGCGCUGUCUCAAGCGUGAUCUGAGACCCACCCCAAAAGGACUUUUGACAAGAUCUACCUAUUUGAAGUCACUUUUACACACAUAUGGACCUUGGGAAUGUAAGAAUUGACUAUAAGUUGGGCUGCUUUGCCUUGUUGAUUUAUCACAGCCUAUCUCUCUGUGAUGUCAUGGCUAUUUCAUGAAAUUCUGCCAAAAUGCAGCGGGCGACAAGCAACGACUCAUCAAGCAGUUCUAGAGUUACUCAAGCAACGAUCGGAAGGACAAAAAAAAAAAACAAAAAAACAUGCUUUUAUGGCUUCUGAACAUGUUUCAUGGCUUAGAUGUUAAUGAUUAACUUUUAAGAUACAUUAUUUAUGUUAAGAUAAGAAUGGUAGAGGCACACAGGUCUCUCCCAUAAUUCUCCUUAUCCUUUAGGGAAUGUGUCUUUAUGGUCAUUAUGACUUUACAUCACAUACUUUCCCUGGACAAGAUUUUAAAAGUUUCCUUGUCUUUGAUUCCAAACUCUGUUAAUGCUGUAUUGUAUUCCUUCGAUGAUCUGAAGUGCAAUGACCCUCAAUUUUUAGCACAUUUUGAAAAGGGACACAUUUAUUUUAAUUGUUUAAAAUUUUGUGUUUUGUUUUGUCAGAAUAUGUUAACCUAAAUUUAUUUGCUGAAUUUUGUUGAUGUUGGAAUUAUAUCAUUGUUUUAUUGCAUAUAAAAUUGACAAAAAUCUG